AUGGGUGCUACGAUGCUUGAUGCUGGCUUGGCGGGAACGGGAAUGGGAAUGGGAAUUCCUCGCAGCGCAAGCAGCGGGAAUCUGGCGCGAAUGGGGCAGAGAGGUGGAGGGAUGGGGGGAGUCACCACCCCCACCAUGGGCACUACUACGAUGCUCGGUGCUGGCAUGGCCAGAACGGGAAUGCCUCGCAGCGCGAGCAGCGGAAAUCUGGUGGGAAUGCGGCAGAGUGGUGUGGGCAUGAGCGGUGCGGGAAUGGGGUUGACCCCCCCCACCAUGGAUGCUACGAUGCUCGAUGCUGGCAUGGCGAGACCAGGAAUUCCUCGCAGCGCGAGCAGCGGGAAUCUGGCGGGGAACAUGGGCGGCAGCAUGGGCGGCAUGGGCGGCAGUAGAUUCACUCCCACCAUGGGCACGGUGCUUGGGAGCCCCAGGGUCCCUCGAAGCGCCAGCAGUGGGAAUCUGAGCGGCAUGGGCGGGAGUGGUGGUGGGAAUAACGGCAUGAGCGGGAAUAGCGUGGGGGCUGGGAGAAGCGGGGGAUUAAGGCGGAGUGGAGUGGGAUUGGGGUCAGGUGGUGUGGGAAUGUGGUUGACUGGUCCAAACACAGGAUGGGGAGGGGGAAGAGGGAGAAGCAGGAGUGCAGCAGCAGCAGCAGCAGCAGCAGCAGCAGCAGCAGCAGCAGCAGCAGCAGCAGCAGCAGCAGCAGCAGCAGCAGCAGCAGCAGCAGCAGCAGCAGCAGCAGCAGCAGCAGCAGCAGCAGCAGCAGCAGCAGCAGCAGCAGCAGCAGCAGCAGCAGCAGCAGCAGCAGCAGCAGCAGCAGCAGCAGCAGCAGCAGCAGCAGCAGCAGCAGCAGCAGCAGCAGCAGCAGCAGCAGCAGCAGCAGCAGCAGCAGCAGCAGCAGCAGCAGCAGCAGCAGCAGCAGCAGCAGCAGCAGCAGCAGCAGCAGCAGCAGCAGCAGCAGCAGCAGCAGCAGCAGCAGCAGCAGCAGCAGCAGCAGCAGCAGCAGCAGCAGCAGCAGCAGCAGCAGCAGCAGCAGCAGCAGCAGCAGCAGCAGCAGCAGCAGCAGCAGCAGCAGCAGCAGCAGCAGCAGCAGCAGCAGCAGCAGCAGCAGCAGCAGCAGCAGCAGCAGCAGCAGCAGCAGCAGCAGCAGCAGCAGCAGCAGCAGCAGCAGCAGCAGCAGCAGCAGCAGCAGCAGCAGCAGCAGCAGCAGCAGCAGCAGCAGCAGCAGCAGCAGCAGCAGCAGCAGCAGCAGCAGCAGCAGCAGCAGCAGCAGCAGCAGCAGCAGCAGCAGCAGCAGCAGCAGCAGCAGCAGCAGCAGCAGCAGCAGCAGCAGCAGCAGCAGCAGCAGCAGCAGCAGCAGCAGCAGCAGCAGCAGCAGCAGCAGCAGCAGCAGCAGCAGCAGCAGCAGCAGCAGCAGCAGCAGCAGCAGCAGCAGCAGCAGCAGCAGCAGCAGCAGCAGCAGCAGCAGCAGCAGCAGCAGCAGCAGCAGCAGCAGCAGCAGCAGCAGCAGCAGCAGCAGCAGCAGCAGCAGCAGCAGCAGCAGCAGCAGCAGCAGCAGCAGCAGCAGCAGCAGCAGCAGCAGCAGCAGCAGCAGCAGCAGCAGCAGCAGCAGCAGCAGCAGCAGCAGCAGCAGCAGCAGCAGCAGCAGCAGCAGCAGCAGCAGCAGCAGCAGCAGCAGCAGCAGCAGCAGCAGCAGCAGCAGCAGCAGCAGCAGCAGCAGCAGCAGCAGCAGCAGCAGCAGCAGCAGCAGCAGCAGCAGCAGCAGCAGCAGCAGCAGCAGCAGCAGCAGCAGCAGCAGCAGCAGCAGCAGCAGCAGCAGCAGCAGCAGCAGCAGCAGCAGCAGCAGCAGCAGCAGCAGCAGCAGCAGCAGCAGCAGCAGCAGCAGCAGCAGCAGCAGCAGCAGCAGCAGCAGCAGCAGCAGCAGCAGCAGCAGCAGCAGCAGCAGCAGCAGCAGCAGCAGCAGCAGCAGCAGCAGCAGCAGCAGCAGCAGCAGCAGCAGCAGCAGCAGCAGCAGCAGCAGCAGCAGCAGCAGCAGCAGCAGCAGCAGCAGCAGCAGCAGCAGCAGCAGCAGCAGCAGCAGCAGCAGCAGCAGCAGCAGCAGCAGCAGCAGCAGCAGCAGCAGCAGCAGCAGCAGCAGCAGCAGCAGCAGCAGCAGCAGCAGCAGCAGCAGCAGCAGCAGCAGCAGCAGCAGCAGCUGCUGCAGCUGCAGCUGCAGAAAAGGCAGCCAGUGUGGAGGAAAGAAGAGAGAAGGCAGCAAGGGAGAAGGGAAAUCUGACAAAAAAAGCUGGUGCAGCAGCAGGCGCAGCAGCAGGCGCAGCAGCAGGCGCAGCAGCAGGCGCAGCAGCAGGCGCAGCAGCAGGCGCAGCAGCAGGCGCAGCAGCAGGCGCAGCAGCAGGCGCAGCAGCAACAGCAGGCGCAGCAGCAACAGCAGGCGCAAGCGCGGCACAAGGCAAAGGAGGUGUAACGGGGGCAGGGACAGACGCAGCAGUAGCAACAGCAGCAGGCGAAGCUGCCAGAAAAGAGACUGCAGAAGCAAGCGCAGGAGCCACUGCAGGAGCCGCAGCAGGAGCCACAGCAGGAGCCACUGCAGGAGCCACAGCAGGAGCCACUGCAGGAGCCACUGCAGGAACCACUGCAGGAGCCACUGCAGGGGCCACUGCAGGAACCACUGCAGGAGCCACUGCAGGAGCCACUGCAGGAGCCACUGCAGGAACCACUGCAGGAGCCACUGCAGGAGCCACUGCAGGAACCACUGCAGGAGCCACUGCAGGAGCCACUGCAGGAGCCCGGACGGAAGCAGCAGCACUGCAGCAGCUGACAGCCUCUGUGCUGGGCAGAGGCCUGUCGGAUGUGCGCAAGGUGUAUCAGCUGGGGAAGGAGCUGGGGCGCGGCAACUUCGGGGUGAUUCGCGAGGCGGUUGACUGGGUGUCUGGGGAACGGUUCGCCUGCAAGAGUGUCAACAAGAAACGACUGGAGUGCGUGGAGGACUUAGCGGAUCUGAGAAGGGAGGUGGAGGUGAUGCGAGCGGUGAAGGGCCAUCCCAACAUUGUGUCGCUGGUGGAUACCUAUGAAGAUGACAUGGUGUGCCGCACCCUCGCCGAUGUGCUCCGCUACUGCCACUCCCAGCGCAUCCUCCACCGCGACUUAAAGCCCGAGAACGUGCUCCUCGUCUCCUCCCGCAGCGACACGCGUGUGAAGCUCAUAGACUUUGGCAUGGCCUAUCGCUUCCAAGAAGGAGAACGCUGCACCCAACGUGCCGGCACUCCCAACUACAUCGCCCCGGAAGUCAUCGCGAAGAAUUACGGAACCGAGGCGGAUGUGUGGAGUCUAGGGGUGAUUCUCUAUGUCAUGCUGAGCGCGCUGCCGCCGUUCUGGGGAGAUUCGACGGAGGAGAUUUUCUCGAGUAUUUUGCACGAGCCGUUGGAUCUGGAGACCGAGCCUUGGCCGGACGUGUCUGCCGCGGCAAAGGACUUGGUUCGGCGGAUGCUGUGCCGGAGGUUCGACGAGCGGAUAACCGUCCCGGAGAUACUGAAGCAUCCAUGGAUUAAAGCCUUCACCCUUACAUGA